CGUUGUCGUCGUCGUCGUCUACGUCCUCCUCCUCCUCUUCCUCCUCGACGUCGAGCUCUUCUCGAAUCUAAAAGAGAGAGAAAGAGAGAGUUCCGGCAAUAUGGCGGUCACGCGCUUACGCGACGCCACGACCACCACUGCGAUUCGUUUCUCACUCCCACCGGAGGAAAACCAACGACGCCGACGCUGAAAACCGACGCCGAAAAGCAACGCUGACGCCGACGUCGACUCCGACGCCGACGCCGACGCCGACGCCGAAGCAAAGCCCGAUCACAACGCAGCCUCCCUUCACCCUCCACCCACCACCCUCGCUAUUCGUUUACUUCGACGAGCGGUCAUGAAUGCGAAUGACCUCGGAUCUCCUAUCUUCGAGCUUUUCCAAAUACUUCAAAAUGGAAAACAUCGGGGGAGGGUUCUAUCUCCCUUUCCAUUCGAUCCUCCACCAAUUCAUAUAUACAUUUCCAAUUGGUUCUGUUAAAACGAUCAAAGUCUAUUAUCGAUAACGAAGAUUUACGGAUUUUUUUUUUUUAUAGUUUUUAAUCUCAUUUUAUGGAACUACUUCAUAACAAUCGGUUCUCCUAUAUCCAAAAAUACUUCACCUUUGUCAACAGUUCCCUAUCUAAUUGCAAUUGGUUUUUAUUAAAAAUAUGACAAAAUACUAUAUUGGACGAAUUAAUGAUUUUUCUAGUUUUUAAUGUUUGAAUUGACUAGGAGCACGAGGAGCAGACGACGUCAAGGAAUCUGCAAAGUAAGAAGAAUAUGAUCGUAUUCGGCCGAUGACGUCUGACCACGCGGUACACGCGUAUCUCUUAUGAUGUGACGUACAAACUGACAUCCAUGUGUCCCGUGUGCCGGCUCGUGUUUAUCACCAUAAACCGUUCCUCUGUGGCAACGUAACAUUAACCGAGCAUGAUGUUCUGUCGCAGCACAUCCGUUUAUAUUCGACAAGAGAGAAGAUGUUAAUCGAUCUUUCCCUUUUACACGUACUUACACAAAAGCCAGGGAACCCUUCGUCUCUGAUCGAGAGUCAUCUUCUUUUUAUUUUAUUUUUUUUAUUUACUUUUUUACUUACUUACGCUUCGAAAGAUUAUAAACGUUCCUUGCCCUUUUAGUUGCAAAUAUAUUUUAUAUCUUUUUGCAAUCAUCGUGUAUAUAAUUUAUGUCAAUUCUUUGGCAUUCGAUAAGAAGAAUACUUGUCGAAACUUUUUAAAAAAUACGCAAGCUCAUAAAAGGACUCUACUUUUACCGAUAGGAAAAAUCGAAUCGAGAUUACCGACGCGUGUCGAUUUACCGACAAAGCAAACUUCAAAGAAAGAUACCGACGUGUAAAUGUUUGAUGAGAGCUCUACAGUAGCGUCGAUAAAACAGUUUCACUUCCGGUUGAAAUUCAUCCUCGUACAGUAUUACAAAUACCAUACAAAUCAUUGUGAUGUUUUAUCUAAUUAUUUUAAUUGUCAUUUGAAAAUAGUGCAUUAAAAUCCCUAUGGAAAGAUGUUUUUUAUUACGAGAGAAUGUUUAGGUAUUUUACUAUGAAAGAUCCUUACGAAACGAUUACAGAUAGGCAAAUCUGAAAGAAGCAAAAACAAGGACAGAUAUCAAAUUUAUUUUUCCCUCUUUCACAAAAUUAUUCAUCGAUAGGAUCUAAAAAAAGAUAUUUCGAGAGUUUCUAGACUCGAUCUUUGAAUUUGUACAGAGUUGCCAAUAAAGACUUAGUUCUAUAGAAAGCGGAAAACCGUAUAGGGGUCUCUUUGUGCGUGCUCCUGAAAACAGCCCUCUCUAUCCUUAUGAAAUGCGCCCCUUCGUUUCGAAGCUGCCUUUAGGGUCGACGUUGUUGUUGCUGCUGGUGCUGCUGCUGCUGCUGCUGCUGCUGCUGCUGCUGCUGUUACAACGAACACGUGCGAACGGAUGGACGGAUGAGCGAGCGUAUGCUGGAAGCAGUGGGAGUGGGAGGGUUAAGAGUAAGAGAGAGAAAGAGAGAGUGUGAGAAAGAGGGUAGUGGUGAAGGGGAAGGUGAAGGGGGAGGUGUUGGGUGGAAGAGAGAGUGUGCGCGAGUAUACACACCUACGCGCUCGCACUCACGCACAAAGAACCUUCUUCGUCGUCCAUCCGUCGUCAUCGUCUUCGUCGUCGUUGGACGUAGCCUGGUUGGGUGGAGAUGGGGCGGUGGGUUGGGGAGUGCCGGAGGAUGAAGAGGGGUUGGGGGAAUGGGAGGGAGAGUAGGAUGAGGAGGAGGAGGAGGUGGGAGUCGAGAAGGAGGGGACGGGAAUGGGUAGGGAACGGAACGGAACGAACGAAAGGGAAGGGUAGCGGGGUGCGGAGAGGGCGGGCGCUAGGCCUGAGGGGAGGAAAGGGGAGGUAGAAGAGGAGGAGGAUGGGGGGAGGAACAGGCUCGGCUGCUCCCCCUAAUACUGCAGGAUUGAAUGGGCGAGAAGGGUAGUAUUGGGUUCCCUCACCCCACUCCCACCACCCACACAGCGCUCGAGCUCCCAAGCCACCCGGAGCCACCCACUUCUGUCCGCCUGCCACCCCGCCUGCCCACCCACUCGCCACCCGACUGCCGUCGAGGAAACAACCUGCAACCGAACUCAGCAUAACGUUUUCUCCAACAAGCAUUUCCAUCCCAGGUGGAAGGGUCCUGUAUAACACCGGCGAGGAAGGAUUAUUGUUCCAAGAAUAGUGGCGGACCACUGACGACCUCAAAGAUGGAGGGUAGCGGUACGGGAGUUGGCAGGAUGGACACCUACGAGGAUAUGUUCAAGGAAAUUACUCGAAAGCUUUAUGGAGACGAUCCUGAUCACAGAAGUACGUCUAACUUAUCCUUCGCGAAAGACUGGAACUGGAAUUUAAACUUAAUUAAGUUUAUCAAAACUUCGAGUGUUCAAAAUGAAUUCGAGACAUCCGUGUCGUACAAGAACGACGAUGAUACCGGAAAUGGGACGGAUGGAAGUGACGAAGGUAAUUGGACUUGCGAGGAAGAACCUCUUAAAGGCACCGACGGUAGCCGAAUAGCUGCUUAUCAUGCCGGUAAAGCGACAUGGAGAUGUUACGAAUGCGGUGAGAUUUCGGGUGGUGGACCACGAGAAGUCGCGGAACAUUUUAUGGAAUUACAUUCAUCGAGGAUAUUACCAGACGAUACCAGAAUUAGGCAUCAUUUACCGCGAAAAGAUUAUAUGCAAAACGAGCUAAAGAUAGAAGACGUUAUAGCUUAUUUGGAAAGAUUAAGAGAACGCGCGGAAACAGCCGCCCCACCUUCCCGAAGGACUCAGGAAACUCAGACGAUACCUGCCGCCUUAUUGCCGGUGUCCCCGACCUUUCUUUUACAAGAAUUACCGUCCGUCCCAGCGCCGCAACAUUUGCAUCAGAAUUCCGCAACGAUGUCUUCGGUUACAUCUUCUAUUGGCAAGAGAUACUCGUGUCCGUAUUGUCCUUAUGGAACCGACAGACGCGACUUAUACACGCGUCACGAAAAUAUUCAUCGCGAGGAAAAACCAUUUCAUUGUUAUAUAUGUUACAAACCGUUCAAUCGUGCCGAUCACGUGAAGAAACAUUUUCUUCGGAUGCAUCGGGAUCAAGUUUACGAUAUAACCAAAAUAAGAAAAAAUAGUGCAAAUUCUUCCAAGUCUUUGCAACAGGAUUCGAACUCGACGACUACCGCUAAUGGUGGUGCUAAUGGUCAACCGCAACAGCAUCAGCAACAGCAGCAACAGCAACAACAACAGCAACAACAACAGCAGCAGCAGCAACAGCAGCAACAACAGCAACACGCCACUUAUACGCCUGGUUACAGCGGUAAUAAAAAUUAUCAAUUGCAAUCUAAUCCUGGAACUAGUACUGCGACGGGUACGGCUGGUACGGCUGGGAUGUAUCAAGCAGCGGCUAUGCCUGCACCUGGUGUUAUGCAACCAGAUGUAAAUAAUUGUGCGACAGGAAGAAGAAUGUCGAAUGGUGGAUGCAACAGUAAAAGUCAUCUCAAGGCAGGUUCGAAAGGAUCCCAGGAUCGAAGUCGAUUCGUAUGUAAUUUCUGUCCAUGGACCGGGGUCGACAAUUGGUGCUUAAAACGCCAUCUUAAUACGCACUUGAGGCCAUUCGCUUGCUCACUUUGCGAGUACAAAGCAGCGCGUUCCGAACGUCUGACGACGCACGUGCUCAAAGUUCACAACAGGCAUCAAUGUUCCAAAUGUUCCUACGUUGCGAUUGACCCCGCGGAGUUACAGGUACAUCAAAUGCAAAUGCAUCGUGGUAACAACGCCAAUGCACAAUCUACGAAUGCGGCGGCACAUGUAACAUCAAUUUCUAAUAAUCGUCAACAACAACAACAACAACAACAGCAACAACCACAACCACAACCUCAACCCAUUCAUCCCACUGCUGGAGGAAGACCACCACCUGGACCACCGGUUUUCCCUGCACCAGCACCAGCUAUCACACCUGCCACUACUGUAAUACCACCGACUACGUUACUUGGCCACGAGAUGGUAAAGUCACCUGCAACUGCAGCGACUAUGGCAUAUCCGUUGGAGGAGGAGAGGAGACGAAGUUCGAGAGGUCGAGAAGACCUCGAAAACCUCGAGCACGGCAACGAGAAGGACAAGGACUUUGGCGAAUAUGAUCGCGUCAACGAUUCAAUCGAAAGAAAGAACGAUAACGUUUCUCGUGAUCAUCGUCAUAAUUCGAUCUUCUUAUCAUCUAAUCGUCAUUUUACGUGCAGCACCGACGAGAACAACCCGUUUCCAUUGACAUCGGAACUACUUUAUGGACGUUUAACUGACGAGGAAAAGAAACAACCGGAAGAAAGAAGAUCAAGGAAACAACGGAAACCAAGAAAGGCAGUACGUGGGCUACAUGUUACGGGUGAUGAAUCUGUGGAAAACGUAAGAUCCAAUAAUGUUAAUGGUAAUGCGCCAGGAAUUAUAUAUCAACGAAAACGCAGCUUCGAUGAGAUAACCGACGAAGGGCAGACCUCGUCCGAAAGUUCGAUCGGUUCACUCGUGAAUUCUUUAGAUUCUUUGCUAGAUAUGUCAACAACGGGACCUCUCAACUACAGUAUGAAUCAGCUUUAUGUAUCAGCACCCAACUAUAGCCCUUCUGAUACCGCCAGUUCUUCCUUUACAAAUUCUUUGACAAAUUACAACUCUUCGGGAAAUUACAAAAAUGAGGAAAAUGAGAUGAAUGGGAAUAGUAAGAAGAAAUGUUUCAGUAAGGAGAACAGCGAUCAGGAGGCCCUUAAUUAUCAAUCUGUCUCUUCGGUUACGCUCAAGGCAACAGUUUUUACCAAUCCUGGCUACAAUUUCCAAAGAUAACGUUGGGUGCUCAUCUUAAAAUUUGAAUUUACGAUAUAUGCGAACUGGAACAUUUACUUCUAAUUGUAAGAUAAGUUAAAGAAGAAGAUUAUUUAAAUAGAAAUGAAAAUUAACCAUUUAACGCGAAACGUUUGAAUAUUCACAUUAAUUUUUUUUUUCGAAAUAAGCGUUAAAAAUAAUCACUUCUUUUUAUUUUACAAUAUUGUAUAUUUUUUGUUUUUUUGACUUUUUUUUACUAACAAUAUCUUUAGUUAUAAGAACGAAAAGCGAGGAAAUAAAAUCGUAAAAAUCGAAAAAAUAAUACUCGCGAUGGGAUUAAACUAACAAAAAAUUUCUAA